AUGAUGCACAGGGUCCAGGUGACAAAACAGAGUGUUAAGUCUGUUCAGAGGAGGCUUAACUCCACGGAGGUGAUGCCACCUAAGCUGGCCACCACCCCAAACAAGUACAACUCCAAGUCCUCGGCGUUCAACCUGAAGCCCAACUUGCCAAAGGGUCUCCACUACCACCCCGCGCCCUCUUUGAGAAGUCCGCUCGUCACACCCAUUCCGUUCUUGCCCGAUUCGGAUCCGAGAAAGUCAAGUGCUGUUUACAGAGAAACCCUCAAGGUGGAGGCCGUUGAACACAUGCCAGUGAUCCACCAGCUGGGACAGGAGAAGUACCAUCUAUCCGAAGACGAUAUCAGACAGAUGCAGCAGCUGAGAAACGAGGGCUGGACAAGAAAACAGCUUACCGAAAAGUUCAAGUGUUCGUCAUAUUUUGUGGGGAUUGCAACGACGAAGAACGAGAUAAAGGCCAAGGAGUUUCAGGAGCAGCUAUCCAAUGUGAAAUCCCAGUGGAGCGAGAAAAAUCUGUUGAGACAUAUGAAUAAGCAGAAACAGGUUGAGUUGUGGAAGAGGAACGGUUGA